GGUUUUACAAGUAGCACCACACCCAACAAUCAAAGCUCUCAGCUUACAGUGAUUUAAAAUCCAUCAAGCGAGCACAGGCCGCUACGUAUUUGUCCGGGUACAUCAAAAUGUCAUCCACUUGGUGUUUGCGUCUGUUUCUUCUACUAGUUUUCUCUGCAAAUGCUGCUUUCUCCGGCACCAUUGUCAAGACCCUUCCUGGUUUCGAUGGUGAACUUCCCUUCAAACUUGAAACCGGGUACGUGAGAGUGGGCACAUCGGAGAUGUUUUACUACUUCAUUGAAUCUGAAGGGAAUCCCAGAGAGGAUCCUCUCCUGCUUUGGUACAGUGGUGGCCCUGGUUGUUCUGCUCUCAAUGGUCUUAUUUAUGAAAUUGGUCCAUUAGCUUUCAAUAUAACAGAAUAUGAAGGAGGCAUACCAUCUUUGAUGUACUAUCCAUAUUCAUGGACAAAGACAGCCAGCAUUUUGUUUGUGGAUGCACCUGUUGGUACUGGUUUUUCCUUCCCAUUAACUCCAGAGGGUUUCGCGACCUCAGAUACGUUAGCUGCCAAAGAGAUCUAUCAAUUUCUCAGAAAGUGGUUGAUGGAGCAUCCGCAAUAUCUCAAACUUCAACUAUUCGUUGGGGCUGAUUCUUAUUCAGGCAUAUCAGCCACAUUAGUUGUUCAACAUGUAUUAGAUGGUAAUCUUGAUACAAACUUGAUGCAACUAAAUCUCAAGGGUUAUAUUCUUGGCUGCCCAGAAAUAGAUGGAAAAAUUACCGCGAACGCCAAGAUAGUUUUUACUCACAGGAUCGGACUUAUAUCUGAUGAACUCUACAAUGCUACUAAAGUCACUUGUGGAGGAGAUUACUUUGAUACAACCUCAGAAAAUCCAGCUUGCUAUGAGAAUCUUCAACUGAUCAACAAAUGCACUAAAGACCUAUACAAAAAUAACAUUCUGGAACCUAAGUGCACUUGGGCAUCCCCAGAAUCCGCUGAUGAACCAGCUCGACGAUUACUUGAAGAAAAUGCAGAAGGAUUCAUCCUAUCACCUCCAAGAAUUCCUGAAUUUUGGUGUCGUAAUUUCAAUUAUGCACUAUCUUAUAUCUGGGCAAAUGAUCAGAGUGUCCGAGCUGCUCUUAACAUCCGUGAGGGAACAGUUCACGAUUGGAAGAGAUGCAACAAGUCCUUAAAUUACGGAAAGGAUGUCAAAAGUGUCCUUGAUUAUCAUCGCAAUUUCACCAACAAGGGCUUACAAGCUCUUGUAUACAAUGGUGAUCAUGAUCUUAUAAUUCCAAAUCUUGCAACACAAGGGUGGAUAGGGAAGCUCAAUUUGACAAUAGUUAACGACUGGCGGCCAUGGUUGGUUGAUGGUCAAAUUGCAGGAUACACAAUAAAGUAUUCAGAAAAUGGGUAUCGCUUGACUUACGCUACUGUGAAGGGAGGUGGACACACACCACAAGAGUCCAAGCGUAGGCAAUGUUAUAACAUGUUUGAGAGGUUUAUUCACUACUAUCCUCUCUAGAGAAAGCUUGCAUUUUAGAAAUUCUGGGAAUUGAUCGAUGUUGUAAGUUUCUAACUGAUCAAAGGAUGUUGAAACAAGUAAUGGAAUAAUUCUUCAAAUUAAUAUAUGAGAAGUAAAUUCAUAUGAAA